AUAAGGAAAAGGGAAAUUUCUACGGUUAGAGUGUAUACGCAAGGAGGGAAAGAUAAAGAAGUGGCCGUUUGGGUGGACUCCUCACCCGACUGGCGCAACCACAAAUUGACUGAAGUCACCGGCAACCCCUUCCCCUUCGAGAGAGCCACUCCCUUCCGUACACCAUAAACCGUAUCGACCGACGAAUCUUAGAUCGACUGUUCAGUACUUGAGAUCAGAGACCUGUAAUAUUGCAAUUCGCCUAUCUUUUGUUAGUUUCUCGUGCAUUUGGAUUUGGGUCUUUAAGAUCUACGACUAGAGGAACAAAACAAGAGGGAGAUACAUUAGUUCCGAUGUCUGCAGUAAAGCCUGGUUUGAUUGCUUUGUUUGAUGUUGAUGGCACUCUUACAGCUCCAAGAAAGGUGGCUACUCCCGAGAUGGUAGAGUUCAUGCAGGAACUUCGAAAGAUUGUCACAGUUGGAAUUGUGGGCGGAUCUGACCUUUCCAAGAUAUCAGAGCAGCUUGGAAAAACAGUUGUUAAUGAUUAUGACUAUGUAUUUUCUGAGAAUGGACUUGUGGCUCAUAAGGAGGGGAAACUCAUUGGCACCCAGAGCUUGAAAUCAUUACUUGGAGAAGACAAGCUCAAGGAAUUUAUAAACUUUACCCUGCACUAUAUUGCUGACUUGGAUAUCCCGAUAAAGAGGGGAACAUUUAUAGAAUUUCGAAGUGGGAUGCUCAAUGUGUCACCUAUUGGGCGGAACUGCAGCCAAGAAGAAAGAGAUGAGUUUGAAAGGUAUGACAAGGUUUACAGUGUACGUCCAAAAAUGGUAUCUGUGCUUCGUGAAAAGUUUUCUCACCUCAACCUUACAUUUUCUAUUGGAGGGCAAAUAAGUUUUGAUGUUUUCCCUCGAGGAUGGGACAAGACAUACUGCCUGAGAUACCUUCAAGAUUUUCGUGAAAUCCACUUCUUCGGUGACAAAACUUACAAGGGAGGGAAUGAUCAUGAAAUUUAUGAAUCGGAGAUGACAAUCGGUCAUAAAGUUACCAGCCCAGAGGAUACGAUGGAAGAGUGUAAAAAAUUAUUCUUAGCAAACCCCUAAAACUCCAUGGCAGUCUUCUCCUUUUUAAUUAUCUUCCAUGUGUUAUCUUUAUAUAUUGGAAAAAUAAGUGCUAAGGGGACACUCUUGUACAAGUUUGUAACCUAUACAGUUGAUUGCGGAUGAAGAGGUGAAAGUGAAACUCAUUGUAAUUUUAUCAACUAUGCACCAUUGAAUUUCCAUCUAUUUUGAUGGCAUUUACAUUA